AUGUCAGCAUCCGCCUUGUCAACGCUCACGACGAGGUUGCCCUCGUCCGCGGCGAUCCUUGGGCGGAAGAAGAAGUCAUUCGAAUACCCCGCCAACAGCCUCGUUACUUUCAAGCACACCUUGACUGGGAAUCAACAGAUUGCGGUCACAAAGAGCAAGCAGCUCGCAUACGCAUUGAAACUACUGCGUACACGGGGAAAGAGUGAGAUUGAGAUGAGGGUAGACACAUUUGCAGAGGAAGAGGAAGAGGAAGAGGGAGAGGAAGAUUUGGUUGGAUAG